CAGUACUCUCCUAUCUCUCUCAUUCUCUCCCCUUGUCCCCAGCUUUUCUUUCUUUCACUUGCACGUUUUAGUUUUCCCCUGAUGCUCACCAAUAUCAUAUUCCCUCUUAUUCCUUCACCAUGUAAAAUCUCCUUUCCAGCUCUUUUAAGUGCCUUUAAUUAAAACCCAUGAUUCAAUUCAGAAAAACCAUAAACAAUCACAUCACAAUAUCUCAUCUGCUGCUCAUUCAAUGCUCUAGUUAAUUCACAUUGCUAUUGGUUUUUGCUUGAGCUGCUUCCAGCAGUUUCAUAAUUUUCUUCUCUCUUGUUUAGCUGUUCUAUAUAUCUGUUUCUUUAUUGAAACUUUUGAGUUUUUUGUGCUGAGAUUUUACUGUCCACUUUCAAGUAACUUUCCGGUUUUUCUUAUCCUUUACUAUGAACAGAAAAGUUUUUUGAGUGUUGGACGGAGAUUUCUCUCAAAAUUUGCAUGCAGAGAAAUUUAGUCGAUAAAUUCAAUCUGGGUCAUAGUUAUUAUCGUCAAAGAACGGAUUGAAACAUUCAACACUUGCAUCUUUAUAAGCAAUCCCACACUUGUGGUGCACAAUGGCUCCCAAGACAGGCAAGACAAAACCACACAAAGCCAAGGGUGAGAAGAAGAAGAAAGAAGAGAAAGUUUUGCCGACUGUAAUCGAAAUCACCGUCGAAACACCAGAGGAAUCCCAAGUCACUCUCAAGGGGAUAUCGACGGACAGGAUCUUGGAUGUAAGAAAGCUUUUAGGGGUCCACGUCGAGACAUGUCAUUUGACCAACAUCUCCAUAUCUCACGAGGUACGAGGACCUCAACUCAAGGACUCCGUCGACAUCGCUUCCCUCAAACCAUGCCACCUCUCCAUCAUCGAAGCGGACUACACGGAGGAGCUAGCGAUCGCGCACAUCCGACGACUCCUCGACAUCGUUGCCUGCACAACCUCCUUCGGUUCGCCCAAACCUGCCGCUCGAACCGUUCCUAAAGAACCGGGCUCUAAGGAAUCCGCUGCUGCCGAUGACGGUCCAAGCCAUGGGAGUGAUUCUUCCGACAACUCGAAGGCGAAGGAAAAAACCGAAGCGGCGGCGCUGGCGGUGAUGUCCAUGUGUCCUCCGCCGCGGCUUGGCCAGUUCUACGAUUUCUUCUCCUUCUCUUACCUCACCCCUCCUAUCCAAUAUAUUAGAAGAUCAACUCGUCCAUUCCUGGAGGAUAAAACAGAAGAUGACUUUUUCCAAAUUGAUGUACGAGUUUGUAGUGGGAAACCGGUGACCAUAGUUGCCUCUCGAAAAGGGUUUUACCCAGCCGGAAAGCGCCCUCUUCUGUGUCACUCUCUGGUCACUCUUCUGCAGCAGAUUAGCAGGGUCUUUGAUGCUGCGUACAAGGCUCUUAUGAAAGCUUUCACUGAGCACAAUAAAUUUGGCAACCUACCUUAUGGUUUUCGGGCAAAUACAUGGGUUGUUCCACCUGUAGUAGCGGAUAACCCAUCAGUUUUUCCCCCACUUCCAGUGGAAGAUGAAAACUGGGGAGGAAAUGGAGGUGGACAAGGAAGAGACAGUAAACAUGAAAAUAGGCAAUGGGCAAAAGAGUUUGCAAUUUUGGCAGCAAUGCCUUGCAAAACAGCAGAAGAGAGGCAAAUUCGAGAUCGGAAAGCCUUUCUGCUUCACAGUUUAUUUGUCGACGUUUCAGUUUUUAAAGCAGUCGCAGCAAUCAAGAACAUCAUUGAAACCAAUCAGAAUACUUUAAGUGACCCUUCUGCUUCAAUUUUGCAAGAAGAAAAAGUGGGAGAUUUGAUUAUUAAGGUGACGCGAGAUGUUCCUGAUGCAAGUGUGAAAUUGGAUUGUAAAAAUGAUGGGAGUCGGGUUCUUGGAAUGUCAGAAGAGGAGCUUGCUCAGAGAAAUUUACUUAAAGGCAUAACUGCUGAUGAAAGUGCAACUGUUCAUGAUACUUCUACGUUAGGUGUUGUGGUUGUCAGACACUGUGGCCACACAGCUGUAGUAAAAGUUUCAGCUGAAGUAAAUUGGAAGGGGAGUCUUAUUCCUCAGGACAUCGACAUUGAGGACCAGCCUGAAGGAGGCGCCAAUGCCCUAAAUGUCAAUAGCUUAAGAUUGUUAUUGCACAAGUUAUCCACGCCUCAAUCAUCAGCUCAGCGAUCACAGAGUGUGGAUUUUGAGAAUUUACAUUCUGCUAGGGCUUCAGUUAGGAAAGUGUUAGAAGAUAGCUUGCAGAAGUUGCAGGAUGAACCCUCUAAAAACUCCAGGUCUAUCAGAUGGGAGCUAGGAGCAUGCUGGGUACAACACCUCCAAAAUCAGGCUUCUGGGAAAACCGAGUCUAAGAAAAAUGAAGAUGCUAAGCCUGAGCCUGCCGUGAAAGGUCUUGGAAAGCAAGGUGCAUUACUAAAGGAGAUUAAAAAGAGAACAGAUACAAAAGGUGGUAAAACUGAACAUAGUAAGGAGGUUUCUCCAGGCAACAACCUUGAUAUGAACAGGAAAUCAGAAGUCAGUAAUCAGAAGGAACUAGAGAAGCAAGAUGAAGAAAUGCAAACAAUGUGGAAGAAACUGCUUCCCGAAGCAGCAUAUUUGCGACUAAAAGAGUCAGAAACAGGUCUUCACCUUAAGUCGCCUGAUGAGUUGAUUGAAAUGGCACAUAAAUACUAUGCUGAUACUGCUCUUCCAAAGCUGGUAGCAGAUUUUGGCUCCCUUGAACUUUCACCAGUUGAUGGAAGGACUUUGACAGAUUUUAUGCAUACAAGGGGUUUACAAAUGUGUUCUCUAGGACGCGUGGUUGAGCUUGCAGACAAGUUGCCUCAUGUGCAAUCACUCUGUAUACAUGAAAUGGUUGUUCGAGCCUAUAAACACGUGUUGCAGGCUGUUGUAUCAGCGGUUGAUAGUGUUAGUGACUUGGCUGCUUCAGUAGCGGCAUGUUUAAAUAUAUUGUUGGGAACACCAUUAAUUGAGAAUGGUCACAUAGAUAUCAUUAAUGAUGAUAAAUUAAAAUGGAGAUGGGUGGAAACUUUCCUUUCAAAGAGGUUUGGGUGGCAGUGGAAACCAGAAAGCUGCCAGGAUCUGAGAAAAUUUGCCAUUCUUCGUGGACUGUCCCACAAGGUUGGGCUUGACCUUGUUCCUAGGGACUAUGACAUGGAUACUCCAUCUCCUUUUAGGAAGUCAGAUAUCAUAAGCAUGGUCCCUGUAUACAAGCAUGUUGCAUGUUCAUCAGCUGAUGGACGUACACUGUUGGAAUCAUCUAAGACUUCCCUGGACAAAGGUAAAUUGGAGGAUGCAGUCAAUUAUGGCACUAAGGCACUUUCAAAGCUUGUGUCAGUCUGUGGUCCUUACCAUCGGAUGACAGCAGGAGCAUACAGUCUUCUGGCUGUUGUGCUUUACCAUACUGGAGACUUCAAUCAGGCAACCAUUUAUCAGCAGAAAGCAUUGGAUAUAAAUGAAAGAGAGCUUGGACUUGACCAUCCAGAUACAAUGAAAAGUUAUGGAGACCUAGCUGUCUUCUACUACCGCCUCCAACAUACAGAGUUAGCCUUGAAGUAUGUCAAUCGUGCAUUGUAUCUUUUGCACUUAACGUGUGGGCCAUCUCAUCCAAAUACGGCAGCCACCUAUAUUAAUGUAGCAAUGAUGGAAGAAGGGUUGGGAAAUGUUCAUGUUGCUCUUAGAUAUCUCCAUGAGGCUCUCAAAUGCAACCAAAGACUACUUGGAGCUGAUCAUAUACAGACUGCUGCCAGCUACCACGCCAUUGCUAUUGCUCUCUCUUUGAUGGAAGCUUACUCGUUAAGUGUUCAGCAUGAACAAACUACCCUGCAAAUACUGCAGGCAAAACUAGGGUCUGAGGACCUACGCACACAGGAUGCGGCUGCAUGGCUUGAGUACUUUGAGUCCAAGGCCCUUGAGCAGCAAGAAGCUGCACGUAAUGGUACUCCUAAGCCCGAUGCAUCAAUCUCCAGCAAAGGCCAUUUAAGCGUAUCGGACCUUUUGGAUUAUAUAACCCCAGAUGCAGAUAUGAAAGCAAGAGAUGCCCAAAAGAAAGUCCGUGCAAAGAUGAAGGGCAAACCAGGCCAAAACUUGGAGACAGUCCCAGAAGAAUACCAGAAUGAUGAGAUUCCAUCACCAACUUAUCCUGUUAUGGAGAAUUCAAGUGAUAAAGAAAACAAAUCUGAAGCUCAAUUCAUGGAAUCAAGUAAUGAGAAACCUGAUUCACUUCUCCCAGAUCAGCCAGUGUUGAUUAAAAAUGAUGACCAAGAACUGGAUGACACCUCAGAUGAAGGAUGGCAAGAAGCUGUUCCCAAAGGUCGUUCACCUGCUGCUCGUAAAUCUUCUGCUUCAAGAAGGCCAAGUCUAGCAAAACUGAGUACAAACUUUAUGAAUGUGUCCCAAUCCUCAAGAUACCGAGGAAAACCCAAUAAUUUCACAUCUCCACGAACAAACCCCAAUGAGCCUACUGCUUCAGCUGGACCUAGUCCUCCUGCUUCAACAAAGUUUGUUAAAAGUUCAAGCUUCAGUCCAAAGCUGAAUAACCCAAGCAACACAACCGGUGGAAUGGAGAGACUGGUAAACCCAAAAUCAGCCCCAGCUAGCCCAGCUUCAACUGAUCAAGUUACCAAGCCUACUCCAGUGGCAUCUCCGAUCAGCGUGCAGGCAGCUGGAAAACUAUUCUCCUACAAGGAAGUUGCUUUGGCCCCACCUGGGACAAUUGUAAAGGCAGUGGCAGAGCAGUUGCCAAAAGGAAAUCCUCUCCCAGAACAAAAUUCUCAGGCAAGCCAAUUGACAGCAGCACUAGAUGUCACACCUAGGGAUGUGGCAACAUUAACGGUUGCCAAGGAGGAAGUUCUGGAAGCCACUGGAGAAAAAGAGUUUCUAGGUUCUGAGACAGAAAUCAAAAGCACCGCAAAUGAAGAUAAAAAAGCACAGAACAGGGAGUCAGUGGCGAUUGAAGCUUUCGAGGAAACAAAGGGCACUGCAAUUAAAGACAUAAAUAUAGAAGCUGGAGCUGAAGUAAAAACUGAUGUUGAAACCACAAAAACAGAAGCUGCAAAUGGAUUUGCAAAUUCUGAUUCCUGCAAGGAUUCAAAUAGUGUUAGUUUAAAAAUUGAAGCACUGGAAACUGGAUCUUUAGACAAAUGCCAAGUUACAUCUUCCAAUGCAGAACCUCUGGCUGUUGUAACUGAUAAUACUGCUCAGUUGCCACAAAAAGAGGCCUCUAUUCCCUCAGGAGAAGUGGCAGAUGAAGAUUCUCAAGAGCCAUCUGGUGGUGAAGUGAGUGUUAGGCAGUUGCCAAAUGAAGGAGAAAAGCAAGAUGAAGCAGAAACUGGUAAAGAGACAACAAAGAAACUUUCUGCAGCUGCACCCCCAUUUAAUCCAUCCACAAUUCCAGUUUUUAGCUCACUUACAGUUCCUGGUUUCAAGGAUCAUGGAGGAAUCCUGCCCCCACCAGUGAAUAUACCUCCUAUGCUUCAAGUCAGCCCUGUCCGUAGAUCAUCUCAUCAAUCUGCGACAGCUAGAGUUCCAUAUGGGCCAAGGCUCUCUGGAGGCUAUAACAGAUCCGGAAAUCGGGUUCCACGCAACAAGUCUAGCUACAAUAGCAGUGAACAUUCUGGAGAAGGGAACCACUACAGUCCUCCAAGAAUAAUGAACCCACAUGCAGCUGAGUUUGUGCCUGCCCAACCUUGGGUUCCCAAUGGCUACCCUGUCUCCCCUAAUGAAUUUUUGGCUUCUCCAAAUGGCAUGCCAAUUUCACCAAAUGGUUACCCCAUGUCCCCAGUGGCAGCAAAUGGUUAUCCGGCAUCACCAAAUGGUGUUCCUGUGACUCAAAAUGGAUUUCUGGCAACUCCAAUAGGAUCAGUAGAACUGCCAGCUGUUGUAACUGUUGAUAUUGGAGCUGAAAACAAAAGUGAAGCAGUAGCGGAGCAGACUGCUCAGAGUUCCUCCUCAGAAGUUGAAGGAGAAAAUCAACCAACCGAGCAGAAACCACCAAAAGAUCAAACUUUAGACAAUGAAAACAUGCUGCCUGAAAAGGAAGGAAAGCCUGCAGAUGUGGUUCCUCUGACUGGUGAUGUUACUAUGGCAAAAGAAGCUUGCUGUGAAAUACAAGUUCAUGGAAAAUCAAGCAAGUGUUGGGGAGAUUACAGUGAUGGUGAAGCUGAGAUUGUUGAGGUUACACGUUGAAGAAAACAAGAUUAUUUUUGGAUAGUAAGUGAUUUUUCAUAGCCAAGGGCUAUAUAUCACUACAGCUACAAGAGACAACUAGUGAUAAACAAUGCAGAGCCACUAAAGACAGGGCUAUGGAUGGGGAAGUUUAUUUUGCAAAGUUUGUGACAUGUUUGACAGUAAACCGAAGUGAUGUGAAUACUUUCUGAUACAGUUGAUUUUGCAGCACAAGGAGGCUUGUCGAGAGACUGGUAUGCAAAAGGCACAUACCAUGACCAUCAUCCGUUGAGUAGUUCGUCAAUGACUAGUACUUUCUGUUCUCCUUUUUUCUUUCACAAAAUUUUUUGGUUAUUUUCCUGCCAUCACUUUUGUUGGAUGUCAAUGAAAAGAUAAAGAACCAUGGACGAUUUGUACCUUUUCUAGGUUGUUUUCCUAGGAACAAUAAGUUGAUGUAAAAUUGACUAUAAUAAAGCUUCAGU